CGAUGGCCGCCGCACGCGCGGCAGCGGAGGCGCGCUCGGGCGCGGCGCGCAUGGCGGCGUGGCGCGCGCACUCGUACGCCGCGGACGGGGCGGGCGCGGCCGCCGCGCUGCGGCUCGACGCGGCGCGCCGCCCCGUGCGCCGCGCGCCCGAUGAACUGCUCGUGCGAGUGCAUGCGUCUUCUAUAAACCCUAUUGAUCUCGCCAUGAUCAGUGGGUACGGCUCGCGCGUGCUAAACGCGUGGCGCGCGCUCGAAGGAAGCGAAGGAUUGGAGUUCCCGCUAACGCCGGGGCGAGACUUCGUGGGCACGGUGGCGGGCGCCGCGCCGGGCGCCGCCGUCGCCCCGGGGGCCCGCGUGUGGGGCGUGCUGCCGCCGCACAGAGUAGGGGCUCACGCGGAGUACGUGCUCGCUAAAAGUUCUUGGGUGAGCCUAGCACCAGAAAACCUAGACGACCUCCAAGCCGGCGGCGCUCUGUACGGAGCGCUAACCGCAUGCUCGGCGCUGCGGGUCGGGGGGUUAGCACCAGGAGGGGUGGGGGGGAAGCGGGUCCUCGUACUAGGGAUGGGCGGCGUCGGACACGCGGCCGUGCAGCUGCUAGUGAGGGACAGACAUCAUGUGGUGGUGAGCUGUGCCAGCGAGCAGGCGGAAGCUGCGCGUGCGCUGGGGGCGGAACCCCUCGACCGUCGCCAGGAGGAUUAUGCUGAAAGCCUGCAACAGGCUGGCUCAUUUGACGUGGUGAUAGACUGCGCAGGGCAGGGCGGCGCGGGCGCCGCGCAGCUUCCUUGCACGUUCGGCGCGUACGUCACUCUGACGUCGCCUCUGCUGCGCAGGACGGACACCAACGGGCUGCUGCCAGGCACCCUGGCCGCUGCCGCCGACCUGAUACAGCAGAACUUGGCUGUCAGAUAUCCCGUGCGCUGGGCGUUCUUCGCGCCGCGCGCGGACGACAUACAACUGCUACGCCGCCGCGCUGAACGGGGACAGUUCUCUGUGGCCGUGGAGCAAGUGUGGGGUUGGCGCGACGCGAGCGCGGCGUACGCGCGCGCUGCGCAGGGGCAUGCGCGCGGCAAGCUGCUGCUCGACUUUGCCGCGCCGUAGCCGCUCCACGAGGCAACAGGUUAUUG